AUGCCCCGCAAAACUAUUUCUAAAGUUGUGAUUGCUGGCGGCACCGGGCAUCUCGGCCCACCGACCAUUGGACACCUCCUCAAAAACGGCUUCAAAGUCAGCGUGCUGACGCGAAAUCCAUCUUGGUUCGAUGCUAUCGUCAUCAUUCUCAACCGCCUUGCGUACGACGGAUCGGUGGUUACGAUGCAAGCAGCAGCCAACGCUGGCAUCUAUCGCGCCAUUCCUUCGUUCUUUGGGGUUUCGCUUGAUAAUCCAGAGAUAGCAAGCAUGCCGUUCAUGAAGACUAAGCUACCCGUUCUGAACGAUGUCUUAGCGAAGGCUGAGAAGGGUGAGAUUACAUACACAGGCAUCAACACCGGUAUGUUCCUCGACUGGGUGCUUGAUGAAGACAUAUUUGUUGGUCUCUCAGGCAAAGCACCGACUCGCGUUGCGGACGGAAGAGACAUCCCCAUGUCCGCCACUACUCUUGAUGACAUCGGGAAGGCCAUUUCCUCCGUGCUUCUCAGACCUGAUGAAACCGUUAAUAAGCUGUACUACAUAAACCCUGUGGUCAUGACACAGAAUAAGGGUUUGGGGUAUGCCCGUGAGGCUGCUCUUGGAGCAGAGUUUGCUGUUGAACAAGUCGACACGAAGGUGUUGGUCGAAGCUGCGUGGAAGCGGUACAACGAAGGGAUACGAGACCGAGUUUCGGUGAAGGACUUUAUUACUAGAGCUAGCUAUGGCAUGGGGAAUGGGUUUUUUUCCAAAGAUUGA